ACAGUCCUUUAAACUACAGUCAUCUUGGAGUUGGAGUACAGUCAACAUGGAGUUCGGGUCCCGACAAGCAGCAGCGAUGGCACAGGAACCCGGCAUGGAUCAGCAGCUCAAGAGACCAACAUGGAGCAAGCAGAUAGAGUUCACUCUGGCCGGCAUCGGCUGCGCCGUUGGUCUGGGCAACGUCUGGAGGUUCCCUUAUCUCUGUUACAGGAGUGGAGGAGGUGCUUUUCUGCUGCCGUACCUGUUCAUGCUGCUGGUGUUGGGGAUCCCUCUGCUCUACAUGGAGCUGAUCGUGGGCCAGUACACCAGGAGAGGGCCCGUUCACGCUCUGGCCAGUCUUUGCCCCUUGUUAAAAGGUGUGGGCGUUGCAUCAGUGGCCAUCUCCUUCAUCAUGUGCAUCUACUACAAUGUGGUCAUCACCUGGGCCCUGUAUUAUCUGUUCAGCUCCUUCCAGGCUCCACUACCGUGGCAGAACUGCAACAACACCUGGAACACACCAAACUGCACCGCUCAUGCCACCAACCAUAGCUACUCCUCCACAGCGAGCCAAGAGUUCUUCCAAUAUAAGAUGCUUGAGCAGACCAGCGGAGUCGAGGAAGCAGGAACGGUGCGGUGGGAGCUUUUCCUGAUCCUCAUCCUGGCUUGGACCCUCAUUUACUUUUGCAUUUUUAAGGGCGUGAAAUCUACAGGGAAGGUGGUGUACUUCACUGCGUUGUUCCCGUAUGUCAUUCUAAUUGCACUGCUGAUCAAUAAUGUGCAGCUUCCUGGUGCCAUGAACGGAAUAAGCUUCUUCAUUGUGCCAGAGUGGGACAAGCUGCUCUCGGUGGAGGUGUGGGUGAACGCUGCAGCUCAAAUCUUCAACUCCAUUGGGAUUGGAUUUGGAUCUCUCCUCGCCAUGUCCAGCUAUAACUCCUUCAACAACAACGUCCUGAAGGACACCCUGACUAUAGCCAUAAUCAACUCCGCCACCAGCAUUUUGGCAGGAUUCGUCAUUUUCUCUGCCUUUGGAUACAUGUCUCAUCUGCAGAACAUUCCUAUAAACCAUCUAGCCGUGGAUGGUCCUGGACUUGUUUACAUUGUUUACCCACAAGCCUUUGCCAACAUGCCAGUGUCUCAACUCUGGGCUGUGAUGUUUUUUUUCAUGCUGCUUUGCCUCGGACUGGACAGUGAGUUUGCGAUGGCUGAGGUGAUGGUGACCAGUCUCAUGGAUGAAUACUACCAAUAUCUGAUCAAAGUUUUCAAGCGGAAGGAGCUCUUUGUUCUUGCAAUUUGCAUUGUGGCCCUCCUGUUGGGGAUCCCUUGUGUCAUGCAGGUGGGAAUAUAUGUCUUCCAGCUGAUGGACCAUUACACAGCCAUAGUGUCCAUCAUCUUCCUUGCAUUAUUUGAGGUUAUUGCCCUCUGCUGGUGUUAUGGGGUGAAGCGGCUUUCAGACAACGUAACUGAGAUGACUGGAAAAGGAGCGAACAUUUUCUUCAAAUUUUGCUGGCUAAUCGUUGCUCCUGUUCUCAUCACUGUCAUCCUGAUUUUCUCCAUUAUUCAGUUCAAACCGGCCCGUUAUGAAGACUACGUCUUCCCUCCCUGGGCUCAGGGGGUCGGCUGGGUCAUCGCAUUGGCCUCCAUCAUCUGGAUUCCUUUGGGUGCCAUUCACACGUUGUUGGUGCUACCGGGCUCACUGACGCAGAAACUGAAGCUGUCCAUUACACCCUACGCCUUGAAUGAAAAGUCAAAAAUGCCAUAUUACGAGAGGGGCGGGACAUACCCAACCGUACCGACCAUCAGCUCCAACUUUAAUCAACUUGAAAAACCUCCCAUUGAGACAAACUUCUGACCUCUCAGUGUUUUUUGCACAAAUGCUUUGCCACCACGGGUGGCAAAUUACUGUUAAACUUGAGUUAAUCACAGCGUAACAUCAGCUGUCAAUCUUACACACUUCUGGUCAGAAAAUUCCACAGAAGUAUGUUACAGAAAUCAUGAUUGUAAAAAUGUGUAGCUGCACAUCUGGCAUGCAGAUAACUUAAAAUGGACAUUUCUUGAGAGCCUUUGAUUUGUGAGAUUUUGUUGGGCAUCUGCCAUAUUUUAGUACUUAUGUUUAACAUGUUUAAGAGACUGUUUAAAAUUGGUUAUUGUUGUCUUUAUUGAUAAGUAUUAAAGCCAAGUUAGAGACACAAGUCAGUGCUCUCUAUAUUAUGAACUUUACUUUUCCAACAGUGCCAUCUUCUGGUCACAUUUGUUUUUCGCAUAUGGGCUCAGUACCAGCAGUUAGAACAACUAAGAAGUCCUUGUCACUAUUUAACUAUUUAGCAUUUACAAUUGAAGCGGCAACAUUUGUAUUGAGGCACUUCCCUUGAAAACAACUUCUGAUUAGGUCAAAAGCAACACAGCAAUGCUGAUAAAACUGAUACGAGCUGAUAGGCAACAGGCCUGUUCACGUGUCACACAGAGCAAUAAAAACCUGUCACAAAGUC